ACACUCUUUGACUAUCGUUUAGCUCCAUACCUGUGUGAAUUGAACAUAUCACCUUAGCAACGUAAACAAAUACUCAAAAACAGGCACCACUUAAAAAGGAUAUCAAUAUGGAAGGCAAGGACAAUCGAUCGAAAGACAAACGUAGCAAAAUGAAGCAUUAUCGUAAGAAGCCGCCAACACAACACAAUAAUAACAACACGUCGUCCAGCUCACAAGUGGAGGUAGUGCGUGGUGUAGUUGAUGUGGCAGACUCCAGUGAUGAACGUUUUGUUUCAAGACGCGGCUGGACGUCCUCCAGACCACAGCCGCAAGUGCGACGGUUCUCAUUGGACGAUGAGGACAACGAUUUAAAUGAAGUGGAGUCGGCACAAAUGCAUGCCGGUGACUUCGGUUUAAUGGCACAGUUGCCUACAUCUGUAGGUGGUCACUUUCAGUUCGCAUCUGAGAAAAAUUGGGAAAAAACUGAGGGUGAGCAAUUAUUGGACAAUACAGAAGCUGGUCAAUACUUUACGCUCAAUUUGAAAUUGUUAAACGUUGGCUUGCAAACGAUUCCCUUCUACAAGCGUAUGGAUUAUGCGGCUUCAAUGUUUACGCGAGCACAGUUGAAAACAAUGGAGCAAGCUGCUGAAGUGGCAGAGAAAAGUUAUCAGAAUGUACUGCAUGAGCACGAGGCUAAUCCACGCAUUAAAAUCAACAGUGGCAGUCGAAAAAGCGGUUCGGGACGGUCACAAAAUAGCGCUAAACCCACAACCACCGCACCAAGUGAAACUAAUGCACCGGAUGAAUUGGACGAAUUAUUGAAUUUGACUACAGCCGCUGUGACGAAGGUCGACAUAAGUGGGGGUAGUGGUGGUGGCGCAGAAAAUGCAGCAGUGCCUGCUGCGAAGGAAAGUGAAAAUGUGGCAGUCAACAAGGAUGACAUACAAGAAUGGCUGGAUAAUGUGCUAGAGGAGUAGUGAUCUGAAUUUUACUGAGUGUAGCUCGUUUGGGAAUAUAAACAUAAAAAAAGAGUAUGAAAUA